AUGGGCAGCCGGCCCCGCAGCCCCAGCGCCUACCCUGCGCCCUGUCCCGGACCGUCGACCGGAGGACCCGGCCCCGCCAAGCGCAGACGAACCGAGGAGCUUGCAGGCCUGGAAGGCCUGGAGGGGCCCCCGGCCGCCGGUGCCCUCACCUCGGUGGUGGUCCUGGCCACGGGAUGUGCCCUGCAGAUGUCCCUGGACGACGUCGACCUGGUGCUGGAGCCCGAGCCAACGUCGGUCCUGCAAGUGUCUGUCAAAGAGCUCACCCUGCUGCUGGUCCCCGAGGCCCUCCUGCGCUCAGGAGAGCAGGGCCACUCGCUUGUCGGCCUGGAACCCGGCGCUUUCCUGGGCGCGCCCGGGCAUGACGUCGCCGUCGAGCAAGGAUUCUUCUGCGCAUCUGUCCCACAGAUGGCCCCCCAAGAAGAGGCCUAUGAGGAAGACGCGGACCCCGCGUUCCUGUCGCCUCGGAUAGACCCUGCAGCCGGCUCCGUCGCUGGGCUCCGCCCCUGCGCGGGAAGCGUGGCCAACCCCUACCGUGUGGGCCAGGUACCAGAGCCGCGGUCUUGGGCCCCCACUCCUAGUCCAGAGAGACGCUCUUCUUUCCGCUACUUCAACCUGGACGUCCACCUUCUGGAGCCCUUCCCCGACUCGCCACUCCAACCUCUACCUCCCUCUCCGAGUCCAGGCCCCCACGCGCGCCCCCAGCGCCCUCCGGGUCCUUCUCGCAAGGCCCGGAGACGUCUGUUCCAGGAAUGA